AUGUCGCCUCACACCUCGAAUCCCACGCACCUCUCGCCUCCCGCGCCCAAGCGGGCCGACCGCAUUCGCGCCGCGGCGACGGCUCAGGCCGAGCGCAGCGCACAGCGUUUCCGACACGGGGCAGUGGUGAUCAAGGGCGGCAAGAUCCUCGCCGGCGGCCACAAUCUCGUCAAGCCAGGCUUUGCCGGCCCGCUCUCGGCGGCCACGACGGCCACGGCCAGCGGCGGCGACGAGACGGCGACGGCGCAUUGUCCGCGCCAGCAUGGCUUCAGCAUGCAUGCCGAAAUGACGGCCAUUUCAUCGGCGCUGCGAGGCGAGCGAAUGCAGGGGAGCAAGUCCUCGCAACAAGGCGCGCCAUCUUCUCGCCGCAGCAGCGCCGCCGAGUCGCACUCUGUCAAUGCGCGCCUGCGCGGCGCAGACAUCUACGUGGUGCGCCUGCAGCAGGACGCCGCUUCGCGCGCGGCGCUGCGCAAGGGCUUGUAUGCUGUGCCCGCUGCUGCCACGACGAUGGGGCAGAGCGAGGACGCCAAUGGAGAGUGGAAGGGCGCAAAGGUGGCGCAGCUGCUCGAGGAGGGAGACGUGUUCGUCACGCGCUCUGAGGUGCUUGCUCAUGCUGCGGCGCGCAUGUAG